UGUUCAGUGUUAACUGCUCGGACACCAACACAAGCAUAGGUGUUACUUAUGUAGUAGUCAGCCAGCUAUCCACCCACCUAAACUAGAUCAGUGGGCAGAACAGGAUUUUCGUUUAUGCAUGAUCCACUAAGAUAGCUAACAAAGGCAGAAACCGUUUUCAUGUUUUUGUUAAUAGGACAGUUAACUGCGGUAACUACUAGCUUGCUAGCCAUUUAGAAAAUACUGCUUAAUGAUUAUAACAGUUUGCUAAAGCUAGCUUGGCUGAAAUUCCUUAAAAUGCAGUGGCAUGUCAUGGCAUGCUUUAGUAGUCGUAUUAUCGUUUUAACAAAUGUGUAGUAAUAUUAGCAAAACUGCACUGCUAUUGUUAUUGCAAUCCGAAUUAUAAUCGCUGGCUGGAUUUUCGUAUACAUUGUUUAGUAGUUACAUCAGCUAGCUAACGUUAAAUGUGUCGGCUGCAUUAACUUAUCAAUAAGGAGAAUUACCACAAUGGAUAAGGUCAAGAAAAUACUGGUUCAUCUAUCGAAGAAUAAUGUCGCCCCGCAAUGUGCCCGUUUUGUGCAGAGCAUAACAGGGUAUUUUACAGAGACUCUUGAUGAUGAGGUGGAGGUUAAGUGUUCUUUGGAGAACAAUCGUUUUAUCCUGUGUGAUUGCGAGAAGGGGAGAGGAAUUCCCCUAAAGAGGGCAUCCUUUUGCCCCUUCAAGUACCUGUCUGUCGCAGAGGCAGCUGAGAUCCCAUUGGACGUUCAGAGCCGUGGAGUGGAUGUUGGUGUUGCUAUCCUUUUACAAUCAGCCAAUCAGAAGGUGUUGUUAACACGACGGGCGUCCAAUCUCCGCAUUUUUCCCAAUGUCUGGGUUCCACCAGGUGGCCAUGUGGAACUGGAUGAGCGGCUCUUGGAUGCAGGGCUGAGGGAACUGAGGGAGGAGACAGGACUGAGAUUAGACCCUGGAGAUGUCUCAGCUCAACUGCUGGGGCUCUGGGAGUCAGUUUUCCCACCCAUGCUGACACGAGGGAUGCCACAAAGGCACCAUGUAGUCACCUACAUGCUCCUGAACACCUCCCUCACGCACCAGCAGCUCCAGGCCUCUCUACACCCAGAGUUAGCUGAAGUCAGUGGCUGUCUGUGGGUGGAUGCCUCGCUGGUCAAGGCCAUCGUGUCGGCCGUAGAUGGAGAAGAAGAUUCUGGGACACAGCUGGAAGGCCUGCCUCCUACUAUAAGUGUGUUAGAGGUCUCCGCAGAAGGUGGACUCAGUGAAUCCGUUCUGCCGUUUUCUGUUUUGUGUAAUCGGGCGCCGACUAACGGAGAGGACGUGGAGCGGGUCAGCACUGGAACUAAAUACGCCCUGCAGCUUUGGCUCAAGAACCUGGAGGGUCAGGGGACCCGGUGUUAGCGGUCUCCACUAGACAUGAAUGUCUGGCCCGAGUCCGUAGAGAAUGAACUCUCUUACAGACACUCCCAAGUGUUCUUUGGGGGGGAUGGAGCACCGAUGUGCGAGUGGCUGUGAGUAUGGGAUGUUUCCCUCUCUACCGUGUCCGUUCUAACCUUGUGAUGAAGGUGUCUUAGUGGAGGAUGAAAUCCCGUUGUGGAGUUUGCCUUAACCAGUGAAGGUUACUUAAGGUAAGCUGUCAUCUUGAAGACAGGGACAGAUUGCUUAAUAAUUGGGUCGAUUUUAACAGCGACACCUUUUUUUAUUUGGUUGUUUGAAGGCUUUGCAUGAGCUGUCCAUGGUCUUGUGUGUAGGAACAGUUUUUAUUGCCAGGUUGUUAGUGAUGAAAUGUGAUGAGCAAAGUAGAUAUACACUGUAAAUGCUUUCAUGUUAAUUGUCCUUUGUUUGUGCCUUUUUAAGCCACAAGAUGGCAAUGCAUACACAUUGUUUUAUGCUCAUUUCAAAAUGUGAAAUCAUGAAUUAUUAAUAACAAUGUGUAGAACUUCCCUAGUUGAUUAAAGGUUAAAAAGUAAUAAAAUAUUACUUCUCUUAAUUAUUUUCCUAAAAUAUCAAACAGUGUUACUGUACUCAGAAUGUCUUUUCAACUAUUGAUAUACAAUAUUUAUUGCUUCUGGGCAUUCAAUGUUUUUUUAAAGACUACGUUUGCAUAUAUAUAUAUGAAGUGGUAAAUGUGUUUGUACAGUGUCUCAUGAAUGUCUUUACCCAGCUAACACCUUCCCACGUUGCUAUAACAUGAAAUCAAAAUGGAUUGAAUUAAGAGUUUUUGGUACUAAUCAACGCAAUUUUUUUUUACAAAUGUAAAAAUAAAGUAAUCUACAAAUUGUUCUAAAGGAAUUACAAAUUCAAAACAGAAAGUAACUGAUUGCAUAAGUAUUUACUUGUUUUAGUCCAUAUUUGGCCGCAGUUACAGCCACAAGUUUAAUUGGAUAAGUCUCUACCAGCUUUGCACACCUGGACACAGCAUUUUUUGCAAAAUUGCUCAAGCUCCCUCAAGUUGGAAUGAAAUAAAGACUUGCCACAUUCUCAAUUG